GCUUCUUUCAUUGGAAAUGAAAGUUAUUUACACUACAAGGAAAUGAAACUUGAAUUGCAAAGAAGGGGAAAGCAGGAGAGAGAUACAGAUCACCGUGACAGAAGUAUUUACGCCUUUGACAAGCUGACACAAUCACAAUGGCUACAGCCGUAGAUAUCUCUCGCCACCUGCACUGCCCCAUCUGUAAAAACCUGUUAGCCGAACCUGUCUCAACCAGUUGUGGACACACCUUCUGCAAGCGCUGUCUGGACCAGUACAUCAACAUGUCCGACCCGCAGUGUGCUCUGUGCCAGGAGCCAGUGUCCACCAAACCCAGCGUGAACGUCGCGCUCGAAUCGCUUCUGCGGGAGUUUCACCAGAUUCAUUUAUCUGACCUGAGCCUCUUCACCGGAGAUAGAAACGAGGUUCCGUGCGACAUCUGCGAUGAACAACUGACGUUCGUAGCGAUCAAGUCCUGCUUGAUCUGUCAGAUGUCGUACUGCGAGCACCAUCUUAAGCAGCACCAGUCCACAGCGAGACUCAAGGGCCAUAAACUGGUGUGUCCGGUGGAGAAGCUGGAUCAGCGGGCGUGCAGCGUGCAUGGCAGACCGCUGGAGCUCUACUCCCGACAGGACGAGUGCUGCAUCUGCGCUUUAUGUGUGAAGACGGCAGGAGAUGUGACAUCAGUGGAGUCCGAGAGAGAGAGGAGACAGGCAGUACAGGAAAAUACCAUUGAACAAUUGGGAAAGAUGAUCAGUUACAGGAGAGAAAAACUUGGGGAACUUCAGGAAAUGGCCACAAACUCUCAGGCUAUGAUAGAGAGAGAACAGCAGGAGAUAAAGGAGGUGUUUGCUGCAGUGAUGGAAGCCGUAAGGAGGGCAGAAGAGGUGUUGCUGGGUCCUCUGGAGGAUGGAAGUAGGUGUUUGGAGAAGGAGAUGGAGGAGAAGACACAGCAGAUUCAAAAAGAUAUCCUCAAGUAUAAUGAGGCCAUCGCUGUUUUGAAUGACACUAAGAAUGAGGAAGAUGACAUCCUCUUCCUCCAGUCUUACCCGUGUGUGCCAGAUGAAUUCAAAGAUGACUGGACAGUUUCCAUGGACACUGAGCUAAACUUCGGCACAAUGAGAAAUUUAAAGGCAGCUAUGUUGGCUCAGAUUGAGUCGAAGCUGGAGAAACUUUGCUCUGUUGAAAUUCAAAGAAUCCAGAAGUUUUCAAUUGACUUGCUUCUGGAUGCAGAAACGGCACAUCCAUCCUUGGAGGUGUCUCCAGACUGCAAAACAGUGAGGGAUUCUGGAAAAACUCAGGCGAGCCCAGGAAGUCCCAAGCAGUUUGAUCUGGUCGGGGGGGUCCUGGGAACUCCUCAGAUCAUGUCUGGAAGAGCAUUCUGGAUCGUGGAGGUGGGGCAGAAGGCAGGCUGGGAACUGGGCGUGGUGAGAGAAGGUGCUAAGCGGAAGGGUCAAAUCUCCUACAAACCCAACGAGGGUUACUGGGCCAUCGUGCUCUGUGGUCAAGGCAUGUAUGGAGCUUUUGAAGAUCCUCCAGUGCAGCUGCAGCUCUCCAGCAAUCCCCAAAAGAUUGGAGUGUUUGUGGACUGUGAGGAGACUCUGGUCUCCUUCUACGAUAUGGAGGCUUUGGUGCAUAUUUACACGUUCACUAAGUGCAGCUUUAAUGAAGCGAUCCGUCCAUAUUUUAACCCUCAUCCCAACAAAAAUGGGAUUAAUUCAGCUCCAAUGGUCAUUUGCUCUGUCAAUCAAACUGACAUCCAUAUGUGAGGAGUUUUGUCUAAAAGAGGGGCUAAUUUUAUGAUAUUCAUCCCAUUUAUUUUUUCCACAGGCAAAUAAAUUUUAAUGCUAAUUUUUAAACCUUUAAAAACAGUCCUACUGUGAGCUUUGAGGUGGUUCAUCGAGGGUAUAUGCUCCUGUUGAAGCCAUCAGUCUAUAUUAUUUGUACUUAUUUUUUUUAAAUCAUAUUUAGUUUCAGAGUUCCUGGUGAAGAACUACACUACCCAUAAUCCUAAAGAGAGAUCCACCAAUUCAUGGUUGGUUUGGCUCAUGAGCUCUUUAAUGAAGAAUUGUAUUAAAUCCCUAUGGAAACAAGUGAGAAAAAUACUUCUGGAACCAAGACAGCUGAUAUAGAGGAUGGGCACUCAGGAUGUUUAUUACUGAUUAUUCGUUGAUUUAAUCUUUUUUCAUUUAAGCUGUCCGACACCUGUGUGUGUGUAUUUUUGUCUUUUUG